AAGCCGACCGGUAGCAUUUCUUCAAAGCCUAGUAGGUCAACUCAGCGAAUUCCGGGUGAGACACCGAAGGGUGGCGCGAAAAGUGUGGAAAAACUCAGGGAGAAAAAAGAGGAGAGUGUAAAAGAGAAGAAAUCCGAAAUGAAGAAGAGCGAGCAUAAGAAGGAAGAAGAAAAGAAAGAAGAAAAGAAAGAAGAUGAACACAAAGCUGAGAAAGAGGAAGAGAAAAAGGAGGAAAAGAAGAAGCUUGAUCUUAAGCCGAAGCAAAUCAAGAGGAAUGAAAAAGAGGAACGAAUCGCUCAAGGAAAAGAGGUCAGAAACAAAGGUGACUACCCCACGUUCAACGACGUCGAGAGUGACUGGGACUCAGACAAGGAAAAGAAAAACAAGAAGAAAGAAGGUGAUCAGAGAAAAGACGAUGAUAAAAAAGAGUCAGCGAAAGGCGAUGGUUUUAGUGACGAUAUAGCUCUUAAAGCGACUCAAUCUACUAGUGCACCUCUAGCAGGUGGGUUGACUCCAAGUGCCAAGUCACUUGAGUUAGGAAAAAUCUCAGGCCAUCUGAUAUUCAACUACUUCAAGAGUGACAUUUUUCGAAUGUUCAACCAAUAG